GACAGACGGCUGUGUGAUAUGCUUACUGCUCUUCCGUCAGUGCUCUCAGUAGACGGGCGCACAUGUGGAAGUAAGAGAAUUUCCCUUGCUUGAAGAAGGAGGGAAGGGAUUUACACAUAUUUAUAUUUAUAUAUUGCUCAGACUUGCUGGCCUUUUAUUAUUUUUUAAAAUUCUGUUAGCUUUCUCACUAGGUACAGCAAGGAUCAUUCGUGUACAGUUUAUAUGUAUAUAUAUAUUAUAAUCUCUGAAAUGAAAUCAGUAGGGUAUAUAUAGACUUAGAAGACUAGGCUGGAGAUCGUAAGAGUACACGAAAGUAUUUGUAAUAUAAAUUUAGUAGUGUUGUUAAAUGAAAAGUAACCGGUUUUAUGUUUAUGCUUUAGUUAGGCCUGCUUAGUUUAUAUUAAUAUCUAUUAUAUUUAGUGGCUGCUUUUUGAGUGUGUGAGUGUGUAUGCGUGCGUGUUUUAUAUUCAGUGUUUGUUUUGUUUGCGGCCAAGUCUAUCGGAAUGUAACCUCAACGGGGCACCCCACCCUAGCUUAAGCCACAGUCGAUCAAAAAUGGCGAGUAAAGGUUAUAUUUCUCGUCUAAUUGCAAAACACAAGUCCACAAUUAUUAACGAUUUGGAUGUUUUAAAAGUACUACCCAGGCUUGUACAUAAAAGUGUUCUUACAGCUGGCGAAGAGCACGAAAUAAGUUCGCAUGGAGAUAGUAAAACUCGUGCAGAAGUAUUUUUAGAUAUCUUGUCUGACAAAGGCGAAACUGCUAUGCACGAAUUUUGUGUUGGAUUGGAAGAUACCGCCCCGCAUUUGUUGACAUCGUUUCUUUUGGAUAAUACAGAUCAAUUAACACAUGAUUGCCCCCCUUCUCAAGCACUACAGUUAGGAUUUGAACUUGCUCUCAAAGAAAGAGAUGCUGUUUUAAGAGAAAAUGCUAAAGCAGUAGAAGAACGUGAUUCGGCACUUAGACAGUAUCAUUUAAUGAAAAAUGAACGUGACCAGGCUCUGCAUGGUUUGGAAAACCUAACUGGUAAAAGUACAAAAGCCAGCAAUACGAAAAAUGUAGAUUAUAGUCCGUUGCCGGAAUCUAAACGUACUCGGUCUCCUGGACGUAAAAGCAAAGAAAAAUCAAAAGGAAUGGACGAGGAUACACUAGCUGAAGAUACUGGGGAUAAUAUUACGUGGGAGACCCAUAAAGUGACCCUCACAAAGGUUGAUAAUUUUGGAUUUGGCAUUGCUGUAAGUGGUGGUCGAGACAAUCCACAUUUCGACAAUGGAGACCCCUCUAUAGCUAUUUGUGAUGUCCUUAAAGCAGGCCCUGCUGAAGGAAAGCUGCAAAUUAAUGAUCGAGUGAUUAGUGUAAAUGGUUUAUCGUUGGAGAAUGUAGACUACAAUACUGCUGUAACUUUACUAAAAGAGAGUGGAAAAACUGCCCAUUUGGUGAUACGACGGAAAGCCAUUCAAACUUCUUCUUCGGAAUGGGAAUCUCAGCCCAUAAAACUUACGCUUUCCAAGAAAAAUAGAAAAGACGAAUUUGGCAUUAUUCUAGGAUGUCGCGUUUUUGUAAAAGAAAUCAUUAAGCAUAGUGUUGCAGCUGAACAAGGUGGUUUGAAGGUUGGUGACACAAUUCUAAAGAUAAAUGCCACCCCUGUGGAUAACAUUUCAAUAACAGAUGCCAAAAGGUUGAUCGAAAAAACAAAAGACAAACUUCAUUUAUUAAUUACAAAGAAAAAAUCAGAUGGCGGCAGACACAAACGACAGAAUAGUCAACCGAAAGAAGAAAUUGAUUAUUCAUCUAGAUAUGGAAUCUUAAAAAGAUCGUUAGAAAAAGAAGAUAUCAAUAUUUACCGGCCGCAUCAGAGCAGAGCAUUAAAUGAAGAUGAGACGAAUUCGCUGGGACCCAGUCUGCAUCGAAUGCACCAUUCCCAUGGUGACAUUCUACCACCUGGCCCUGGUCCAAUUAGUGCAAGUCGUGACCACCCUAAUGCAUCAUCAAGAUAUGAAAGUCGGUACAUGUACAAUCAAGAACCACCACCACCUCGGCCACCUUUACCCCAAGAACUUGAUUCAGAUAUGGUUCCAACAGGUAAAGACUUCUUACAUCCAGACGACUUUUAUGCAUCACAAGUAAAACACAACAACUACUAUAGCGACAUUGAAAGUCGGGGUCAUUUGCAUGAGAAUCCGUAUGAGUCGAGGGAGGAGCGGUAUGGCACGGCGCCUCGACAGCGUCACUCUGACCAGCUCCUUGAGUCACACUAUGAACGAAGUCCACAAGCUCAUAAACAGCCUUAUAGCAGCAAAGAACCAGAGAAUGACUUACAACCUCCUGUUACUUUCAACAGAUCACAGCCAACUGAGUCAUACAUAGGGAAGAAACGAAGUAGCAGAACCGAACCUCGAUAUGUGACUUUUCGUAAGGAUCCUGAAGUUGGUCUUGGAUUGCGGUUGGCUGGAGGAAAUGCAACUGGAAUUUUCAUCGCUUCUGUUCAUCCAGGUAGUGGUGCUGAAAAAGAAGGUCUUGUGGAAGGAGACCAAAUUCUGAAGGUGAACGAUGUUGAAAUUACUGGAAUGACGCGAGAAGAAGCGGUAACAUAUCUGCUGAGUGUUGACGGUCAAGUGUCCAUUAGUGUUCAACAUAAAAAAGAAGAAUAUGACCACAUAAUGGCGAGUCAUGAAGCUGGGGAUUCAUUCUUUGUAAAGGCCCAUUACACCUUUGAACAAACAGAGUCUUCUGAACUUGCCUUUGUACGAGGAGAGGUUUUACGUAUCAAAGACACUUUGUACGGGGGAGUUAGUGGUUCAUGGCUUGCCAUUAAAAUUGGUAAAAAUAACCAAGAAUUACAAAAGGGAAUUAUUCCAAACAGUAAUCGAGCAGAAAAAAUGGCCCUUAACCAGCAGCAAAGUCUCAGUGAUAAAGAACUGGCUUUGAGUAAACAGAAAAGCACAAGUUUAUUUCGAAGAAAAUCUGCUCGUCGUGCUAAAACACUCGGUCAAAACCACUGGGAUGAUGUUAUAUUCUUUAAUCACAGCACCAAGUUUCCUGCUUAUGAACGUGUGAUUUUGACUGAUGUGGGUUAUGUACGUCCAGUGGUUAUUUUUGGUGCAGUCGCUGAUAUUGCCAAAGACCGCCUUCUUCAAGACUUACCCGAGAAGUUUGAUUCUCCUCAGAAGAGUGGUCAUGAAGAUGACGGUAGGAAAAACCGAACAGGUGUUGUGAAACUUAGUGCUAUUAAUGGUGUUAUGACUCAGAAUAAACACUGUCUGUUGGAUAUUACUCCUGAUUCAGUUGAAAAGCUCAACUUUGCACAAUAUUACCCUUUGGUAAUUUUUGUGGCAUCAGAGACGAAGGCUGCUAUGAAAGAUGUUCGUUCACGGUGGGCCAAAAACUCAAGCAAGAACUUGAAAAAGCUCUACGAAGAAUCGAUGAAAUUAGAAAAGUUCUACAGUUAUUUAUUUACAGGUACAAUUAUCCAUAAUAGCAGUGAUAGUUGGUAUCGUAAAUUGAAAGAAAUGAUUGACUUCCAGCAAAAGCAACAAAUAUGGAUAUCAGAAAAACCGCUGACAGAUUCUAAGCAUGAUGAUUUCUUGUUUCCAAUGUCAACCCGACUCAGUAUGGUGGCCUCACCUGAGACAGAACAAGCGCUAAAUCGUCCCGUUGAUGACAUUGAUACGUUACCUAUUAAAACAGCUCCACUCAUGCGCUCCUCUUCAGACCCCAGCAUAGCAACAAUUGAUAGAAUUCCAGCCAUAGCGACAUACCCUUCACCCCCAAACUACAAACGAAAAGAGAACAGUAUACCCCACACAAAAGAACCUACUUACUCAGACAGCCACCAAUCACCCAUCAGGUAUAAAGAAGAUUACAGUAGUCUUCCCGAGGACCGUUAUUAUCCGUCUUAUUAUGCUCAGAACCACUCAAGAGAGUGGUCUAACCAUAGCAGGUCAAACAUUGACCCUUAUGCUACUUUUACCCCUAGUGAACGAUUACGCUCUCAGCAGGCAGAAGAUGGUAAGGAGCACAGUAUUUACAAUGAUUCAUCUUCAUAUAGCAGUGAUUCAUACAGUCGGUAUACAUCUAAUCCUGCUAACAAACACGAUGACAGCAAGCUUCAAGAAAAAUUUGGUUCAUUGUUUAAUGCAAAGCGUAUUGAUCGGAAUACCUCAUCGCAUGACCCAUAUCGCUUCACUCGCAGCACAGCAAAUCCGGUCAGCACCAUCAAUGUAGAUAAAGCAAAAUUAUCAGACCUAUCCGCCAAGUAUCGUAAAGAAGAAGGAAAAAACAAAGUUGGAGCCAGGUCCAACUCCUCUAUAGAUCAUAUGCAGGAUGAUUUUACAUUAGACAAGAGGGGUAAAGGGACAUCUUCCAACAAAACAACAGGCAAAAAAGAACCACCUCCAGUCCCUAUAAAAACAUACACAAUGAGAGACCGAGGGAUUGAACCUGAUGAUAAACAAUUGAGAAAUUAUGAAACUGCCAGUCGAACUUAUAGUGGAUGGGAUUACAAUCCAGCACAGCCUUAUCGAGCUGACCACAUGCGGCCCUCAAUAUCUACUCGGACUGAGCUGCACCUAGCCCACCGUUCUCAGCUUGACUCACAGCACGGAGGAAUGGUAUACGGUGGUCUUGAGCCAAUUAAAGUGCACCUGAAUGGGCCGUCGUCUUCCGUGCUCGCCUACAGUAACAUGGACAGCCCUCAGUUAGUGAACGACAUGAAGCACAAGGACAACUACCACCACACAUCAGUGGCCACGGCUGCUCUUCUAACUGCCGACCCCGCUCAUGAAAGUCCAUACCGGGAGCAUUUCCAUAAUGAGUCCAGAUACAACGAAACUCGGACAUUUUCAAACCAUUCAUACAAAGAAGCGCAAAACAUGGAUAACUACGCGGCACCUGAUCAGAUUUACAUCAAAUCGAAUGAUGUGAAUAACUGUGGCCGGGAUUCGAUUUACGGCAGCCACAUCAACCGACCGAGGACAGACGACGAGUGUCUGCAAGAGCUGGCUAUGAGGCGGUCAUGGGCAGCACCUUCUUCAGCGACUGUUAACAGCUUGAAAAGAAACAGUCUGUCAUCACAUCAUCUACACAGCUCCAGACUGAGCAGAGAACAAAAUGGUAAAACCACAUUUGAAGCCUAUAAGAAGUUAAUUACACCAGAUUUUUAUGGAUCAAAGAAAGAGGUUAUUUCAGAAUGGGAGACGAUGGCCCCAAGUACCAUGAAUGAAAGUAUGAAAGCAAGAGAACAGAAUCAUGACAGUGCUUUCGAGUCAUACAGGAAAGAUAGUACUGGGAAAAUACUUACAUCUUUUGGCCAAUCAGAUGGAAACUUGAAACACAACAAACUGGAAACAGACCACGAAAAAUUAGAAAAUGAGACCCUGUCUAUGGAAGAAGUGCUGUCUCAACUACAAGCUGAGCUAGACAUGACUCUCUUGGAGCUGUCAGAAAUGGAUGCCGAGAAGGAAGCAGCCAACAUCACAACAAAUGGUGACACCGAAACUGCUGAAGGGGACCAGCCCGACGAUGAGAGUGACACCCCACUUUUAGAAACUCGUUCCCAACCUGUUAAUGAUAGUAAGGAUAAUGUGGAAAGUGAGCCCAAAGAAGUGCUCUCGCUUUGUUCUCCUACAGCUUCUUCUGGCAGUGCUUCGACCCCAGAUACAGUAAUAGAUGGGAAUAUGGACGGCAAACACACUAUUCUGGCAACUGCUAAAGGAGUGUUUGGGUAUGACGGUGGAAUUCUAGAAUCAAAAGUAACAGGGGUGAGUAUCUUCAUACCGAAAGGUGCUCUACCAGAAGGAGCUGAUCAAGAGAUUUACUUCAAUGUGUGCCAAGACAACAGCAUUCUCCCACCUCUCGAUAAAGAAAAAGGUGAAACCCUACUGAGUCCCCUGGUGAUGUGUGGUCCACAUGGACUGAAAUUCAAUCAGCCUGUUGAACUACGUCUGCCCCAUUGUGCUUCUGUUAACCCCGACAGCUGGUCCUUUGCUCUCAAAUCAAGUGAUUCUCCUACAGGCCAUCCUACUCAAUGGCAGAAUUUAACCCUAGCUGGAAUGGACGGUGUAGCACAUGGCAAAGUUGGAAAGAAUAGCGUGUCGGUGCUAGUGGAUCAUUUUUAAUUCUUUUAGAAACAUUUUGCUGGAACACUGUGGCAAUAAGCAAAGCCACUUAACACAUUCCUGCCUACUUACCAAAGACACUGAUAAAACAUAUCAGCUCUUCUGAAAACAUUUCUGCAGCUGUUCAGCCAAAACCACAACACAUUACAGACUGCAAAACAAUGAAAUAAAAUACGAAAACGAGAGAACAUAGACAGGCAACAACAAUUUGAUAUUUAGUUCAAUCACCUCACAUUUGCUGUUGAGUCAAACAUCACUAACCAGACUGUAAAACAAUUUAGAAAGGGAAAUAAAAUGAAGAUGAGAGAGAAAAAAAAACUAAGGUAAUAAUUAAAUUAGUGGAAGGUUUAAUUUCUUAUCCAUCUAUGAGCACCAAAACUACAGAUUUUCCAGUUAUGCGAUCAGAGAGUUUAAUUUUUUUUUUCUCUGGAGGUGUGUGUAGGGAGAGAGAAUACUGAGACAGGGAACUGUUUGAAAACUAAGCACUCAUUACUGAAAGCAAACAUAAAAAAUAUAAGGUCAGUUUUCUCCUGUAGAAAGAGGAUAUGAUGAAAUUUGUCUAAAACUAAGUAAAACUACAUCUUCCUCUAUCUAAUGUAUGCAAAGUUUCAAUGCGGUCAUAUAUAUAUAUUUUGUAUUUAGGCAGAAACUUUCAAUGGCAUUAUAAAUCUGAAUAAGAGUCUACAAAUUCAUUAUUUCAAAAAUAUUCUUUUCCAUGUAUGUUAAUAUCUCAAGCUGUGUGCCGAAUUGUUUUUUGUCUCAAAAUAUGAUUAAGAGGGCAGCAAAUAUAAUGUUAGAUAAGCUUCAAAUUAAGUUUAGUUUAAGAUACGUAAAUGGCUUUUUUUUUUUUUAAAUGUCUAGUUUAUGUAAUAGUAGUGAUUGUCAUGACAAUACAACCUCACUUCUUUGAUACUGGUCUGAACAGCUAAGAAAUAUAUGAAGGAACAAUUUUUUUUUGUCUUCUUCCCCUCAAAACACUUUGCUUUGAUGCUACUCUGGCUGAAGAGCUAUGAAAUAUAAAUAGAACCAGUUUUUCUUUCUCGAGCAAAUUGCCUGAUUCAGUAUAUAAACUACUCAACUACUUUUCAACAGACAGACAGUUCUUAAUGUUUUAAAGUAGGCAGGCAAAGAAAGCUGAAGUUAUAAGAAGUUAUUGUAUCAAACUAUUUCUAUUGUGAAUAAAAUUUAGACACAAGAAAAAAAGAUGGCAGCUUAGAUAGGAGGAUUAAUUUGUAUUUGAAUUAAAAAAUAAUAAUAAUAAUAAUAAUAAUAAUAAUUUGGAAGAGUAUCUUGCUCAAUUUUUAUUCCAGUUUGAUACAAUUAAAAUUCAGUAAUGAUUUCAUUCAAUUGAUCAAUCAGCUUAAGCCUUUAAAAACUAACUUGGAACAAGGAUUGUAAUAGAUCUUUGAAAGUGACAAUUUUGUACAGAAGAUUUUUUUAAAAGUAUAUAUUGAUAUUCAGAAAUAAUCUUCCAGUCUUGUUAUUAAUUACAUUUACAAUAUAUGUAUAAGAAAAAAAAAAUGUAUUAUAAUGUAUAUAUAUGUUAAACACAAUGCAUGUGUGUAUACAGAAUAAAUAACAAUUCUUGCU